AAUAUGUUGGUGCUGCACUUUGAUUGGAUUAUCUGUGUGUGAGGGCUGAUGUGUGCGCAGUGGAGACAGGGGGCGUGCCAGGUAUGAAACACAGCAUGUUUUCCUCGUCAGACUUUUGCAAAUAAGAGACAGUUUGCAAUGGAGGACUCGAUUGAGGUGAUUCUCCAAGACCAAAGCAGGCACCACCAUCACAACAGAGACCACCCUGUCUUGACUGCCUCCACAGGGGCUCUCCUCACAGGGCUCUAUGGGAUAUGGAGCCUCUUUGCCAUGCCAGGCUUCCGCAAAAUCCCUUGCAGCCUAAAGGUUCCGUAUUUGCCCUCCAGUAAAGAUCAGACGCUGAACAUCAUGAGGCUGCUUGAGGGACGGACAGGUCAUUUAGCAGACCUUGGAUCAGGAGACGGCAGACUGGUAUUUGCUGCCUCCUCUGCUGGUUUCCAGUGCACAGGCUUUGAAAUCAACUCCCUACUAGUGGCAUAUUCAAGGAGCAAAGCGCUCUGGAUAGGUGUUCCUCCUAGCCAGGCAACCUUUGUUAAAAAAGACUUCUGGAAGACUGAUUUAUCAAUAUACAACAAUGUGACAGCGUUCCUUGCACCAGGAGUGAUGGAGGUGCUGGGUGACAAGCUGCUGAAAGAGCUUCCUGAUGAUGCACGUGUCAUUGUCUGUCGCUUCCCCAUCCCCCACUGGCCACACCACUCAUCUGUCGGCUCCGGUCUGGACCAGUCCUGGGCCUAUGACAUCGGCACCGUCCGCUCAAGACUGGGAACCAUACAGAGCCGUGACUAGUAACACCUCUGAGCUGCUCUCCAGCUUCAUCAUCCUCAGCAGCACUAAGCCCCCCAACAAAACACGGUUCUCAUUUCUCUUACCAGAUUUGGACAAAAUUGUUAACAUGGAGGAUAAUUAUGAGACUCAAAUUAUAUAUACAUAUAUAUAUAUAUAUAUAUAAAAUAAGCCAUUUUCAGUACAUUUUUUUGAGUUGGUACAUAAAACAGUGAUUUAAGUUAACCAUGUCAGGAGUGAUGAUGUUUUUUGGAAGACGCUGUUGCCUAUGUACACUGAAGCACUACACAGAGGCCAGAUGUUGGGAUUAUUUCAACAUCAGUUAGCCUCUGGACCAUUUGCACUAUUUUAUGCACUGCCAGAAUAGAGUUUCAUUAUUGUAGUGACAAUCUUAUUGAAAAUACCAGCAUGCACUGCAAUGCAGAAUAUGUUUGUGGGUGCCACUGAAACAAGCACUGGGCAAGUAUGUCUAUGGCUCUAUUCCUAACAGCUCUAUAUGCAAAAAAAAAAAAAAAAAAUCUAAUAAA